CGAGAAAUCGUACACAAGUUCUGUACAAAUCAAUAUAAAUGAAACCAGUUUUUGUUUGAGUUCUCAUACCAUUUUCAUUUUCUAGAAUUCCAUACGGAGAUAGCCCCACGUCACCUCUACCGUCACCCAUACAUUCACCCGUUAUCAAUCACUUUCCACACACAUUACAGGUUCGUACCCAGUCAUUACUCUUCGAUUUAGACUGGAAACUGCCGUCUGUUUUCGGGAAAAUAAUAAAGAGCCUAGUUUGGCAAAUACGACGGCAACGAGAAGGCGCUCGUGAACAAUAACAUAUUUACUCUAAGACAAAGGCGACUAUAAUUUUCAUUCCCUUGAGCAUUCUAUUUACGAUUCUAUUACGCCGUAGUCGUUAGACGGUUAGUUAUGUUAUUUUCACGGCCAACAGAGUAAAACGUUCAAGUCGUUUGGGGUGUUUUAUGUGAAUUCACUUCCCAUUUGUACUUCAGGGAAUUUCAGGGUUGUUUAAAAGAAAGAUAAGUGUUUUUUAGUUAAAGUUUAAUAAUGACGUCUAAUGUAUGUUUUGGCUCGAAUACAAAAGUAUAAGUAAUUCUUAAUUAUUGUUGUUGGUUUCCAUACUCUCUAUUGGCCUCUAUUUUGACGAACGAACGUGAAAAACUAACCAGAAUAGCACGAUAUAUACUACUUGUACUGGCCUGAUAUUUGUAUUUCCUGGCUAUACAGCCGUAUGCCGGUUUUCGAUACACUUUAUAGUCACGGCUAUAGAGCAUUUGAUUAAAGAGUUUUCCUUAUCAAAUUUGGUUGAACGGAAUGUUGUCAAAUAUUUAUCAAGACCGCCUUUUGUUUGCCAAAACUAUAGAAGUAUUUCUUGUACUUGUACACCUGUCAAGUUUUCCUUGGCGGCAGUACACACGUCCGAACGAAUUUUCCUUGUCCAAAAGCUGGCAUAGUUUCCCUGGCAAGGAAAAAUUCUCAAGGAGCAAAUAAAAUUUGUCAUGGGAAAAUUUCUUCCCAUCUGUACUGGGCUUUAAUAAGAAGAACAGUCUAGAACUGAUAGACUCAUCGCAUUCUUUUACAGCACCACCCACUGUAUCAACCACUCAAUAUGCAAUCUAGUACGUUCUCCUUGCGCGGACAUCCUGCGAUGGUAACCAGUGAAAACAGCGUGUGUUCCACUUUGUUUGUGGCUAAUUUGGGACAAACGUGUACAGAAACGGAACUACAUAAUCUGUUCUCAAGGUAACGAAGAUAGAAGAGAUCAUAACUAUACUGUAGACAAACUUGGCUAACGUCAUUUGUCUAUACCCAAUUACGAUUGUUCUACUGUACUUCUAUUUUAUACAGGGUGUUUCAAAAAAAUGUGACCCUUUAGAAAUUCACCUUAUUGUUUUAAUUUCAAUGCCUGCAUGAAUCCAAAACUGUACCCAUGGGGCAUGGGUAACACAAUUGAAUCGAAUUUUAUACAUAGCAGUUACUUAAAAGUGUGUGGUAUCGUUCAACAUAUGCAUAUGAUUAUGAAAAACUCUUUGCUCUGUAGUCAAGCUGAGUCAACUGACUUUCAAUUAGAAUUUUGAGCGUUUACAACAAACGUGUGAUUUCUAAAGCCCUGAUUCCACGAGCGCUUUUUGUCAGCGAAAUGCGAAAUAGUUCGCCUGUUUCUUUUGAAUUGUGAGCAAUCAAGUAGAAAUAAUUUAUUCGAGUGGUCGCAAUUCAAAAGAAACAGGCGAAAUAUUUCGCAUUUCGCUGACAAAGAGCGCUCGUGGAAUCAGGCCUUAAAGGGUCACUUUUUUUAGAGCAACGAUGUGAACAACGCUAGUCAAAAUGUUUAUUUGUGAAGUAUUCCGUGGUUUAUAGUUUCUUGCUAACCGUUUCUGUCAGGGGAGAGAGAAAUUUUCAAACUGAUGUGUUACUGUUAUCAGGAGUAAAAUGGGCAUUUGAAAAAAGGGUGGGAGGUAUAUGAUCAAUAUGGUUCCCAUCCUUUAUUGUGGAGAUGUGAAGAUGAGAAUUGAUUUAGUUUGCAUGCCUGACCAAAAAUGUACUGAGAAAACAUGACUUUACAAUGACCAUGGUAGGCCUUACAAUACUAGCUCCUUCAAACUAAUACGCGAUAUUGCAUUUCAAAAUAAAACCAAGUCGGUCUAACGCGUGCUCAUUCAUAAACACCGAUGAGCAAUUCUUGUAAAUGAUUAUCUUAUAUAUUUCCUGAUAUUCUGUUACAGGACUCAAAGUUUUAAGAGAAUAAAAAUGCUAAACAAAGGAAACGCUCCAUGUUGUUUUGUAGAAUACUUGGUAAGGAAAUUAUGUCAAUUUUUCGAGGAGAAAACAUAAGACACGCACUGAUUGAACAUUUUUUUUAUUUACUUAAGGAUGUUUAUUCUGCGUCAAUGGCAAUGAAUAUGUUACAAGGGUAGGUAUUGACGUAACUUUCGGUUUUUACAACCAAACUCAGUGGUGUCAAGUAACGAAGUAAAUGUACUUCGUUACUGUACUUGAAUACUAUUUUUGAGAAGUGAGCAU